CGUUAAAUAGGCCUUUAAGAUGUGGGCUCGAGUCAUUCAUUGCUCUCUUCUGAAUAUAUUUCAUCGUAAAUUUACUUCCUAGAGGACGCUAUCAUGAGUGCCUACGCUUCCGAAUACCCCUCCAUCUCUUUUGAUCCAGGCUACAAGAAGUUUUUCGAAGACUUCUACGCUACUUCAGACACGCCAGACGCGCAUGAGAAGUAUGUUGACUUCUUCACUCCAGAUGCGACGUUGAUCAUGGCUUCGAAGCGAGGAAAAGGCUCGUCUGAGAUUCUUGCAUUACGAAAAGGAUUAUGGGAGAAGGUAUCCAGCAGGGUCCACCGGCCCUUGAAGAUCUUCCCAUAUGGUCCAAACUCCGAUGAAGUGAUGCUUCAUGGGACAGUGAAGUAUGGUUUGAAGGUUGGUGGAGAAGCGAAUGUGGAUUGGGCGGCAUAUGCACAUUUAACAAAGGUUAAUGGGGUUGUCAAGAUGGAUUUCUAUCAGGUCUAUCUUGAUACCGCUGCACAAAAUCGCUGAAGCGAAAGAAAGCCGCAAGGCUUUAACUAUUCCUAGCAUCGCGUGUCUAUGAUGCAAUAAAAACGGAAGUAGCGAUAUUAAGUAUCUUUGAACGCGUCAUAUAGCCUCCAAU